CACCGCCAGGAGAAUGGAGACUCCUAACAGCCUCCCGGGGCUGAUGUGAAAUUUGACCAUCUGAUUCCAGCUUGUCUUUCCUUUUCUUUUUUUUAUUUUCUCCCCUCACCAUCCAUCGUGUACUCAAUUAUCAAAUCUUGCUCCGUUCCAAGAGGAGAUCAUGAUUGAGUGAAACCACCCUGUCCGCAGCAAGAAAAAGCACAAAGAAGAAACCGCAGCAAUGGCCAGGUUGACAGAAUCCAUGACUAAUGUCCUGGAGGGCGACUCCAUGGAUCAGGAUGUUGAGAGCCCUGUGGCCAUUCACCAGCCAAAGUUGCCUAAGCAGGCCAGGGAUGACCUGCCAAGACACAUCAGCCGAGACCGGACCAAAAGGAAAAUCCAGAGGUACGUGCGGAAAGAUGGGAAAUGCAACGUCCACCAUGGCAAUGUGAGGGAGACCUACCGCUACCUGACGGAUAUCUUCACCACCUUAGUAGAUCUCAAGUGGAGAUUCAACCUGUUGAUUUUUGUCAUGGUUUACACAGUGACUUGGCUCUUUUUUGGGAUGAUCUGGUGGCUAAUCGCAUACAUCCGAGGAGAUAUGGACCACAUAGAGGACCCUUCAUGGACUCCCUGUGUCACCAACCUCAAUGGGUUCGUCUCUGCUUUUUUAUUCUCAAUAGAGACAGAAACCACCAUCGGUUAUGGCUACCGGGUCAUCACGGACAAGUGCCCAGAGGGAAUUAUUCUCCUCUUAAUCCAGUCUGUGCUGGGGUCUAUUGUCAAUGCAUUCAUGGUGGGAUGCAUGUUUGUAAAAAUAUCACAACCCAAGAAGAGGGCAGAGACCCUGGUUUUUUCCACCCAUGCAGUGAUCUCCAUGAGGGAUGGGAAACUAUGCCUGAUGUUCCGAGUAGGGGAUCUCAGGAAUUCCCACAUCGUUGAGGCUUCCAUCCGAGCCAAGUUGAUCAAGUCCAAACAGACCUCAGAGGGUGAGUUCAUCCCCUUGAACCAAACAGAUAUCAAUGUAGGGUAUUACACCGGGGAUGACCGUCUGUUUCUGGUAUCACCACUCAUCAUCAGCCACGAAAUUAACCAACAGAGUCCUUUCUGGGAGAUCUCCAAAGCCCAGCUGCCCAAAGAGGAACUGGAAAUUGUGGUCAUCCUUGAAGGAAUGGUGGAAGCUACAGGGAUGACAUGCCAGGCUCGGAGUUCCUACAUCACGAGUGAGAUCCUGUGGGGUUACCGGUUCACACCUGUCCUGACGCUGGAAGACGGGUUCUAUGAGGUCGACUACAACAGUUUCCAUGAGACCUAUGAGACCAGCACCCCAUCCCUCAGUGCCAAAGAGCUGGCUGAGCUAGCCAGCAGGGCGGAGCUGCCCCUGAGUUGGUCUGUGUCCAGCAAACUCAACCAACAUGCAGAACUGGAGACUGAAGAAGAAGAAAAGAACCUCGAGGAACAAACAGAAAGGAAUGGUGAUGUGGCAAACCUAGAGAACGAAUCCAAAGUUUAGUCUCCUAGCUGGGCAGCUCCUUCUCCUCUCCCCUCGCACAACCUUUUCUUGUCUCUCAUUCUCUUUCUUUUUUGUCUCUCUUACUUGGUUGUUUAUUUAUUUAUAUUUAAUUUUGACAUUAUCAGAAAACAAAUCUUCAAGGUGUAAAAUAUCUACCUGCCCUCUCUCAGUUAUUCAGAUUGAUAAGGUAGACAUGGAUUUGGUUAAGGUACAACAUGCCCUCAUUUGUGGCCCAAGCUUGCUCUCUUCCCGAAAUACAACACAUCCGACUCCUAGGGAUUUAAGCUACUUACCUGCAUGUCUUGUACAAUACCAGAUCACUCAAAGAGUGUGUCAAAGAUUUUACCUGGGAUAUGACAAGUUAGGUCUCUGGUGCCUAUUAUUCAUGCAGUGAGACAUAGCAUAUAACCCUCAGUUUUAUAGAUUCAAAUAAAUUUCAUCUACAGGGUGAGGUGCUUGACCCAUACUGGCAUUGCAGUUAUAGGACCCAGGUCAGGUAAAGACAAAACACUGUACAUAUAUAUGCCUUAUGUAAUUACUUUCUUUUCGCAGUUAGUAAUAAAGCCCAGCAUGUACAAAAGUACUGUAGAACUUCUAAAUAAUGUACAUAAAUGUAUAAUUAUUGUAGGUUUAGAUAUAUAACUUUAGAAAUAAGAUGCAAAAAAAAAAAAGAUUCCCAGUGUACAGUAGGCAUUUCUGUUCUGAUGUCUUUGCUUCCUUAAUUUCUUUGGUCCCAUUGACCCCGGCCCUUAGUGCAUGGCCUUCGUUCCGUGUCCCAGACUGGUAGUGUUUGGGUACCUCACUGCUCCCUUGCUGAUUCCUUCAUUGAAUCUAAUAAGCCAUAGGUCUGGGGGAAGUUAGGUGGUCUAGUACAUGGCAAAACCCACCACCAUUAUGCUGAUAUACAGUGAAAUGUUUACAAAACUGAGGUCUCUUUUUUUGGUAAGAGGAGCCUCACUGAUUAGCCUGGGGGGAUAUUCCAGGGGGAGGACACCAUCUGGCAUGUCACCAAUGAUGUGUUUAUGCUUUUCCCAUGAGCUGCUACCCUUUGCAGUACAAGAGUUUGGGAAACUCUUCUACAAAACCAUGGAUUCUCCAGCUGUUCCACUCUGUAAUCGUAAGAAACUACAGACUUUAAAAAAUGAGACAUGGUAAUUUAGCAGAAGAUGGUUUGGGUCUAAAGCCAUGACAUUCAUGAAGGCAUGUGGUAGGAGACAUGUAUUGUAAUCAUUCACCUGACAAACUUUGAAUCCAUCUGGCUCUCUUCCUGUCCCUGCCAGCUUACCCAUCAGCAUUUCCUGCAUUUGUAUUUAUUACUAUUCUUAUUCUUCUAUUAUUAUGAAAUGACCAGAGUUCAGUAGUAAAGAUUAGAUCAACAAUCUAGGUGACUAUGAAAUCUUUCUAGAGAGUGCCACGGGUGGAAAAUCAAAUCCAAAAUGUCUCCCAAUCAGAAGAAAACAAGCAAAAAACUGCGGCCUUAAUUCAUUUUAAUCUGCAAAGAUAAAAGGAGAGAGAGAGAGAUUAAGAGAGAAAGAGAAGGAAAGAAGGCAUUUUGUACUAAAACUCUAAAUUCAAGAUGAAAAAAAUUCAAAUAAAAAGAUAAAUGGAAGAGAAUGUCAGACAAAAUCUCAAGGGCAGGUGGAAAUUUUGCACUGUAACAGAUCUUUCACAUUAAUUUCACAAUUUUAAACUAUUUGUUCCCUAAAACAGUCACCCAUCAUAAAUAUUCAUCGACCAAACUCAAGUUCCUUUUCAGCUGCUACGGCUGUGCUCAGUUUGAGGCUUUGUGCCAUGAAGGUCAAAGAACUCAAACUAGCUAUCACUCACUCCCUGUUGCCCUUGACUUCCUUGACCAGAUCGCGCAGGCCUUCUUUGUAUGUUGGGGAUCUUAUCUACUAAAAAGCAUGCCCCAGAUGUAAGGAAUGUGACUCCUCAGUUUAACACAGGGGGUCUCUCUUCUCCCACUUAUGAGACCUCACAUCAGGACAGCUGCUUCUUGGCACUUGGACUUAACUGGAAAUGAAACUGUUGGCCAUAGCCCUUUCCUGUUUGCCAACAUUUCACAUUUUGCAUUGAAUAUCUGUUGAAUCAUUUAUUCAUUCCACACAAUCCAAGGAGGAGGUUGUAGUCGAGGAGGAAGAGGGAGCCCCAUACACUUCCUGCCAGGCUGUGGGGAGGUACUGUGGCCUUACCUGGCUGUAGCCUUAUGAAAGGCGCCCUUGACUUGGGGGUGCUAACCCUGCAACAUCCCCAGACUUGCAGGGCAAAGCAUGGUAGCAUAAAGAAAGAUGAAGCAUGGGCUGCAAAAAGUCUGCUAAUUUAGCUCUUGGCGACUCAGUGGGCCUUUUUUAAAUCCAUUACUAAGGCUCAAAGGACAACACACAUCCUGUUGUCUGGUUGGAAUAGUAGUUUGGGGCCCUCUAGCACAACUAAACAAAGAGCCUUGACAACCCUUCGGUCAUGCACACGUGUUAGUUCUCUAUCUGUGACAGGGCACCCGGGGGUGAGGUCUCGCCCUAUUUCUCAUUGUCUUUGGCGUCAAUGUAGUUGGAGACAGAACAUGAACCAAAUCUCGUUUUUGUAAUGUGAGCCUCUGAAUCUUUAAACAAGGAUGCUCCAGAAGAACCUUUUACUAGAAUGUCCCUAUCAAACAUGUCUAUUUUUCUACAAUUAUUGAUAACACAGUUUAACAGUGUAUUUUGUGUCAACUGUUAAAAUUUGGAAUUGAAAGAAGCUCAUUAAGACUGAAUUUUCUAAGCAGCAAGUAUUGAAUGGUGUUUUUCAUUAAGACUGUACAACAAAGACGAGCCCACAAUUUCUACUCGUUCUAUUCCAUCCUAUCGAGUUCCCAUUCACACAGUCACUUUGUUAGGAAAUCAAGUGCUAUGAAAAUAAGUCAGCCUAUUGGAAUGCAACAAUAUCCAUAACUAAUGAGGAUCACUCUCAACUUGAUAUUUUGAUCUGUUAGUUUGGUGUGUUUGAGUCACCUUCCAUAAAAGCAUGGUGGGAUCUGAUAACCAGAUAAGAAUUUUGAACCAUAGGAUUACGGUUUGCCACAGUUGACCCCAAUCUGGAGAAAAGGGCAGACUCAGCUGGAAGCACGACCUCCCCAAGGGCUGAUGAGACCCUCAGAUUCUCACUUCCAUUCACCCCAAUAUGCUUUCCAACUGGAAAACCAAUUUGUUUAUGAGUCAACUUUAUGUAACUAAUAAAAUUAUUUAUGUUUUUGGCUGUUCCCUUGGCAAAUGAUACUCUUUUGAAUUAACAUAUUUACAAUCACUGUACUGCUAGGUCUUUGCUUAUCCAUUUCCUCAUAACAUGGCAUUCCAGCCUGUUCACCCAACAUACAGCCACUCCAUGUCCAUGAGAAGGAACUCCCUCUUCCCCCACUCCCUUCCACUGUCUGUCUCUCUCUUUUGUGCUGUUCGUAGUUCCCCAGUGCCAGGUCCAUUGACUUAGUUCAUUAUCUUAUGUUCUCUAACAACAAUCCAGCUGUUGUCUCUAAAAAUGUCAACCUAUUUCUUAAGCACAAUUUUCUCUUGCAGGUUUAACCAAACUAGGGCUCUGAAAUGUCUAUUUCUCAUUGUACUCUGAUUAAAAAAUUAUUUACGACUUCAUUCAAAAGGCUAAAUUUUGAAGUUUCAAGAGCAACAUCCUUAUGCUUUCCCUCCCUACAUUUUCUUACAUUUCAGGUUUCUUACUUUUUCCCCUUUGCUUUUUAAUUUAGAUUUAAGCCAAUGUGUUUGGGAUGUUCAGAAUCUGUUUAGAAAGGUGGGAGCUGGUGGACAGAGAGUUAUAAAAAUGCCAUUAGAAAACUACUUGAACUCACCCAAAGAAUGUGAAGUCAUUUGAUUAGCUGAGUAAUUCAAGA